AUGGAAGACGGAAAUUUGAUAGCAAAUUUGUCGGCAGACAAUAUUUCCGCAAUUGAAGAACUUAUGCGGCAAGCUAGAAGAGGUUCCGAAAGCGAGAAGACACAGCAGAAUACGGUCGAGGAAACGGAGAGUACUAGCGUCGAAUUUGACAAAGAGUUCUUCAUCGAAGAAGUGAGACAAUUAAGUUGUCUUUGGGACACAAGCUCGUCUUUAUACAAAGACCGUACGGUCAAAGCGAAUGCCUGGAAGAAACUGUCUGAAAUUUUUGACAGGGACGGUAAGGAUUAA